AUGCCACGAUUGAGAUUCUCAGCCACCAGACUUCUCUCCGUGCUGACCUUAGGUGCUGGCGCUGGAACGGUCGGCGCUUUCCAAUGGUGGACACAGGACUGUCGAUUCGUCCCGUACGAUCCGUCCAACGACGACCUAUUCAAAAGCACGAUCUACCGCCGUUUCAACCCGAACCAGAAUCCCACCUUCCAUGACCUCUGUGUGCGCAAGGUCCCGCUGAGCAGGCUGGAUCCCUCUCUUCUACGGGACCAUGAAGAAGGGGGCACGAAGUUGAUCGAAGCGUACUGUGCCGCAGUCUGGGCAAGCCACGCCUACACGAUCCAGCGCAGGUACUUGCAACAGCGAUACAGCUCGCCAACGACUUCCCACCAACUCUGGAGACGAUCGGACCUUCGCCAAUCCUCUUACGAAGUCGGCACCGAGAUCACCAACCAUUUCGUCGUGCUGGCCAAGACUCCAACGUCGAUUCUACUCCGAUGUGGUGACUCGCCGCUGAACACGCCUCACGGGCCGCGGCACAUCGAUGGGCUAUUCGAGAUGAGCGUGGCUACGGACAAGGAUGAAGGCGUCGCAGAGUUUCGGAUGAAAAGCCUCUUCUAUCACGGUGUGGGCAAGGUGUCUACAAGUCCCAUCAGACCCUUCUCGUUCGAAGCGUGGGCCCACAAGCGAUACGCUAAGUUGUUGCUGGAGGAAGCCGUCCAGAGCUGUACGCAGAGUGCCUGGAGCGGCACCCGGUUGUCUUCUCUUGCGCGCAGAGAGCAGAAAGGCACGGCUGAAGGUACUCAAAUUCAGUAG